AUGCCUUCGAAAGCCUCAAGUUUCGUUUUGACCGUCGACAAAGGUGGGCUUAUCAUGCAAGUCUUGGUUCAAAUGAUACGAAGUUGGAAUUGGGCUUGUAGUCCAAUCUGCGGCUAA